AUGAAGCUAUUCGGGAUAUUUGCAGCAGUCGCCAACUAUUUCCUCUGCUCGGUCCAGCCGCCGUCUCCGCCUCUAUCUUCAGCGCCCGAAAAUCUCCCUAUUCUCGUCUGGGGAGGACUCGGCGACAGCGUGUUGAGCAGCGGGAUGGAGGAGCUGAUGGGAGAGCUAUCAGAGCGGUACGACACGCGCGUCUACGGCGUCAGCAUCGGCGACACGCCCAGCGAAGAUCGCCGACUGAGUGGUCUCUCAGACGCCAACUACAAUGUACAAGUAGCGUGUUCGAAGCUAUCCCAACUCGACAACACCCCCGUCAACGCGAUUGGUCUGUCGCAAGGUGGGCUAUUCCUGCGCGCGGUUAUCGAGCAAUGCCCGGAAGCACCACCGUUGAGGCACCUCGUCACUUUCGGUACCCCCCACAUGGGCAUUGAGCGGCUGCCGCGAUGCGCACCCCGCGACUGGGUGUGUGCUGCCGUCGCACUGGUUACGCGGUGGGGCGUGUAUACCGCUUACGCACAAUCGCAUGCGGUUGUUGCGCAAUACUACCGCGAUCCAACUAGAUAUGCUGAGUAUCUGCGCAAAUCGACUUGGCUCGCGGGACUAAAUAACGAGCGGGCCCUGAUCCAAGAGGGGCACGCCAGUUACUCACCCAAGCAAGGCGAUAGGUUGGCCGCAUUGGAAAGCUUUACAGCCGUCAUGUUUAGCGGGGAUACCACCGUCACACCCAAGCAGUCUGCCUGGUUCGGCUCCUCGAAUGUCUCAAGACUUUCAAAUGUGUCAAGCGAGGGAGAGAGCUCUGAGAUUGUGCCGCUCGAACAACAACCCAUCUACACUCACCCAUUGGACCCACUUGGUUUGAGAAGAUUGAACGAGCAAGGCAGAUUACACUUGAAGGCGUGCGAUGGACGACACCUCAACCUCACCGACGCAUGCAUGUGGCCAAUCCUCGACGGCGUGUUCGACAAGUCGGAAUGA